AAAGGUGAAAGAGUGAGAAUCUCAAACGUUGUCCUUAUCUCCAUCGACUUCGACGAAUCUAACUUACACCCUUACGCAUCCCGCAGCUAGCCGAGGAAAUUCACAAUGGCCAUCUCAACUGAUGUUCCCCAGACCGUGGAGUGGAACGGGAAGAAGGUCCCGGUCUACCCCAUGGAGAUCAUCGACUUCUCGAAGCUGCUCUCCCAAGAGCCGUCCGAGAUCGAGAGGCUAGUUCGCUGCUGCCAGGACGAGGGGUACUUCUACCUCGACCUGCGAGGCAUUGACGGCCGCCGGAUGCUCGAGGACCAACAGGACACCCUCAAGCUCAUGUACCGCUUCUUCGAUGCUCCUCUCGAGGCAAAGAACGAGUUCGGUCUUGUUGCGCCGCACCUCGGAUACGAGCCCAUCGGCUCGCGCACCGGUGUCCUAGAGAACACCAAGGACGGCUACGAGAUGAUCAAGGUGUCCCGCGACGAGAUCCAGAAGGACAGCCCGCACCUGCCGGCGGUCAUCAAGAACAGCCCGGACAUGAAGAUCCUGGAGCACGCGAUCGCGGGGGCCAACAUCGCGACGAAGACAAUCCUGUCGGCGCUGUCGACGGGCCUCGGGCUCACGGGGGCCUCGCGGUUCGAGAACACGCACCGGAACGACCGGCCGUCGACGAGCACGCUGGCGAUGAUGCACUACAUCCCGUCGGAGCCGUCGGCGAAGAACAUCGGGCACCAGAAGCACACGGACAUCAGCUCGCUGACGUUCCUCUUCGCCGAGCAGUGGGGCCUGCAGGUGCGGCCCCCCGGGUCGAAGGAGUUCGGGUUCGUGGAGCCCAAGGAGGGCAUGGCGGUCAUCAACGUGGGGGACUCGCUGCGGUUCGCGAGCGGGCACACGAUGCAGUCGUGCAUCCACCGGGUGGUGCCGCUGGACCCGACCGAGCACCGCUACUCGAUCGCGUACUUCCUGCGCGCCGAGAACGACGUGCUGUUCACCGACAGCGAGGGCCGCCUCAUCACCGCCGGCCAGUGGCACGACGAGAAGUUCUUCGCCUUCACCAGCCCCCCCGAGAUCCAGGCCCUCGCCCCCAGCUCCAUGAUCCUCGGCGGCAUGACCGAGGAGGACGCCGACGAGUCCGUCGAGGCUACCGCGUCCAAGGAUGCCCCUAGCCCCGUUGUUGGCGCGACUACUCUCGGCGACUCGGUGCAGGUGUACUAAGCUGCUAAUACCUCGCUCGCCAAAGGGUUGUAUAAAGAGGGAGAGACGGGUUAGAAGUACUCACCUGCCGACCUACUUGCUACUACCAAUCGUUAUGUCUGGAGGAGUCCCGAGGGAAAGAAGAAACGUUCGGCUUGUCUCUCUUUCGGUACUGGGCCGGCUAGCACAAACUUCUAGGUCGCCUCGCGGAUGAGGGCGGAUAGAUGAUGGACGUGAGCAACAUUCUAUUAUAGUAUAUUAUAUUAUAUGUACCUGUUUUCAAUAGGAUCAUUCUCCUUUUGUCG